CUAGAUACAGCAUCAGCAGCGUUGCUUAUUGCGGCGUGUUUGGUUGGUGAAUAACAAUCAUCCUGGUUCGUCUGUCUUGAUUCUCACGUUGCAUUAGAUUCCAUCGAUUCCAUCCCAUCAACCGAGUGCUGAAACCUCCAUCAUGAACGUGCCCGUGUUCAUCAACAUCGAUCUGGAGUCUCAGGCCGAGGAGUUGCGCGGUUACUUCAAGGAGUUGGGAGCCGAGAUUUCGGCCGAACGCUCGCCCAAGGGCAUUGAGGACGACCUGCACAAGAUCAUCGGUGUGUGCGAUGUGGCCAUUCACAAGCCGGAUGCCGUGCCCGCCGAGGUGGAGGAGGUGCUCAACGGUAUCGUGUCCAUGUUCUCGUGGGUCACUAAAGAGGACAAAUCCGGCAACCUGAUCCUGGCCUUGUGCGAGAAGCUCUUCAAGGCGCCCAACCAUGAGAUCGGACUCACCUGCCUCAAAGUUAUGUGGUCGCUUUACCAAAGCUUACCUGAGGUGUCCCCUAUGCGUUUCCAAGUGUAUUUCUACUUGGUUCAAUUAGCGGGUCGCACCAAUCAGGUGGAUUUGGUAUUCAAGGAUGUGGAUUCGUUCAAAUCACAAUUCCUCACCAGUCCCCCUUCCAAUGAGCAAAUGCAGAAACUUCUCCGCACUCUUCACAGCGUCUUGCUAAAUGCUAAGAAAAGUGAGCCUGCGUCUGAGGUCAUGAUCAUGCUUUUGGGAACGUACACCACGGAAAACGCCAGUCAGGCGCGAGAAGAGGCCCAACGGUGUAUCAUUGCAUCGUUGGCAGAUCCUGAUACGUUUCUUUUGGAUCAUUUGCUCCAGCUGAAGCCGGUCAAAUUCUUGGAAGGCGAACUUAUUCACGAUCUCUUGAAGAUUUUCGUGUUCGAGAAGUUGGAAGGCUACCAAAAGUUUUACGACAACCACAAGGAAUUUGUCACUGGUUUGGGUCUAAAGCACGAAGACAACAUGACCAAGAUGAAGCUUUUGACGUUCAUGCAAUUGGCUGAGACUCGCUCUCAAGUGUCCUUUGGGGAGAUCCAGAAACACCUUCAAUUGGCCGAUGGGGAAGUUGAGGAUUUCUUGGUGGAUCUGCUGAAGACCAAGUUGGUUCGUGCCAAACUGGAUCAAGCCAACAAAGUGGUCCAUGUCUCUUCGACCAUGCAUAGGACCUUCACGAAGCAACACUGGAACCAUCUCCACCAGCUCCUCACCAACUGGAAAACCCAGUUGACGGUGAGUCGCGAGCACAUCGGACAACUGGCCGUGGCUCAAGUUGAGCUCAUGCGACAGAAUCAACGGGCGACCAAGGCCCAGAUUUAGAAUUGAAGCUUCCCAAUAAAGGUCAUUAAUCCCA